CCGUUUGCCUUACCCGUCGCCGGGCACUUGGACAAUGGUAUGUGAGGCUAGGCAAAGCGGCAUGCUGUGGGCCCGGCGAUGGCCCAGUUCGCUGCCUCCAAUCAUGGGAUGAACCGGGACGGGCCGAAAGCGGGUAUAUUCCUUACAAGAAGGAAAAGGAAACUCCAGAGAGAAUUAGAGGCUCCUCGGUGUUCCUCCUUCUCCUCCUCAACAUGGAAUCCUCUGUUCCCUUCCCUUCCUUUUCGCGAUUCUCGUUCGAGUUCCGUUAGAUUUGGCUGGAUUCGAGUCCCGGGAAGCUCAAAGAUCGACGGAUCGCACUUCUACCGAAUGCGGCGAUUGGUCUCGUGGUGUUUAAAGUGAAACGGAGCAAUGUUGAUGGCGAUGAUGAGAGGAUUUAGGAGUCGGAUCCCAGCGCGGAUUUGAGGCCAGGGGUUUCUCGCUCGCGACGGGAGGAGUGAAUCGAUCUGAGGCGAUGGAGGCGGAGGACCUAAGGAGGUGGAUGCGGGACGCCGGGGUGGAUCUUUGGGCCUUGAUCGACACCGCCAUCUCGGUGGCCGCGGCGGAGCACCGGCAGGAGCUCCGCGCACGGAGGGAUGGGAUCGUGCAGCGGCUCUACGCUGCGGGAGACGCCGGGCGGUGCAGGAACUGCGGGUCGUCCGGCGGCGGCUCCGUGGUGCCGCGGCGGGAGGAGGCGAAGGGGAGCAGCAGCUCGGCGGAGAAGAGGGCGGCGGUGGGGGCGGCAUCCCCGCCGUCGCCUGAGUCGAUGAAUAGGACGGCGGCGGCGGCCGAGGAGGAAGAGCAGGAUGAUCAGAGGACCUAUGGCCGUUCGAUCGACGAAGAGCAGAGCAAAAUCCUGGGCAUCAAACGGUUUUUGGACGACCCCGAUCAGUCGGAAGAUUCUUUGGUUAGGCUGCUGCAGAACCUUGCGGACAUGGAUAUCACAUUCAGAGCUCUCAAGGAAACUGAUAUCGGAAGGCAUGUGAAUGGUCUUCGGAAGCAUCCCUCUAGUGAGGUCCGGCGAUUGGUGAAGCAACUUGUCAGGAAGUGGAAAGAUCUCGUGGACGAGUGGGUGACAUCGAAUUCCGCAUGCGACACCGCGUCUCCAGCAAUCAUCACUGAUGGAGACUCGCCACAGCAGAUCUCCGGAAAGAACAACCAGAACGGGCACCACGUUCCAGAAUUCGGAUACUCACCGAAUCCACACGCUGGCUACUUGAGCUCCGAGAGGAAUAGCUCGGAGUCCGUAGAACCAAAGGCGAAGUCCGCCAUUAAUCCGACGAAGACCAACAACACCUCCACCCACGCCCCAUCUUCUGCUUCUCCAGCUCACAAGUUGAAGGAACACAAGGACAGCUUGCUGGACCCGGAGAGGCUCGCUUCGGCGAGAAAAAGACUCCAUGAGAACUACCAGGAGGCUCAAAAUGCUAAAAAGCAGCGGACGAUCCAGGUGAUGGAUAUCCACCAGAUCCCAAAGCCCAAGAUCCCCCGGAAGGGCGGCUCCAUGUGGAAGCACUGACGCCAACAAGCUUUUACCUCCCAGUGGCUGUAAACUUCCUGUCUAAUUUCCUAUGGAGUUUUUGGAUUGCCAUUUACUCUCUCGUUAUACAUAUAGGAAGCACUGCAAGGAAUGCUUUUUCCUGUGCAUGAGUGGGGAUGGAAAAAGUCUGCUGUCUUUUGUUGAAUUGUAUAUUACUUGGAAAGACAGAUGGUCGGAAAAAAA